AUGGCCAUGAUCAGAGCUUACAUCCCUCCGGGCCCUGACGGCCUGUUGCCGGAGCGCGUUUCCGCGAGCAUUCUCUCUCCUGACCCACGUCCUCCACUCAGCUUCACCGACGACGGCCCUGGUAGGCUUUCGCAGCUUGGACCACGACACAACAACGACCACGAUGACUUCAGGAAAAUCAAGAUUCUGCCAACCCCUGAUGAAAUCCUCGCGGUCGAUCGGCCUGUCUAUAUGCCUAAGAAAGACCUGAUCCAAAAGCACUUUCUCGACAACGGACCCGGCAGACACCUAGACACCCUCUUCAGACAAUUGAGGUGCGACAGCACAGAAAUGAUCCGAGAUAUCUGCUACUCCGCGGCACAAAUCGCCUUCCUGAAGACCGGCAUAGAUUCGGAGGCCCAUGUGCGACAGGAGACAAACGCAGGCCAUCGGUAUUUCUUGUAUCGCAACAUCAAGGUGCAAGAACUACUCUCUCAUGAGCACAAAUCUAUGGUGGUCCGCGUCAGCUAUGAUUGUCCCCCUUUCAUGCGAGGUCGGAAGCUGUACGACGCUGGUCACUUUCAGAGAGGCAUGCUCGUUGCCCUGCUUCAGUUGAACAAUACCACAAUGGAGUUCUCAGUCUACUAUAUGGAAGUCAGCCUAGCUCAGACCACCUUCUCCAUGGAUGCCUUCGACGGUCGCGGCACCCAAGCUGCCGUCCAACUCUCCUUUCUCCCACCGAGUAGCCAUGACGACAUCCUGCAACUCUGCCGUCACGCACUUAGACUGAAGACGGACAAUGAGCUCUACCUCGUCGAAUUCCCGAAAGUUCUCUUUGCAGGCUUUUACAACUGCCUCAAGUGUUUGCAGGACAUGAAAGAUUCAGACUUCGCCUUUUCGCAGUAUGUCGCCCCGCGAGUCCAUGUUGAAGACGCGCUGCUCGCGCGGGAGCUGAAUUCCGCUGUCGGAUUACCACCAUAUUUCCCGUGCCUUCCACCGUCCUAUGCACGCGCUCCAGAUUUCAAGUACAAUCUCGCGAAGAUUGUAGGACCUCAUUCCCCGAUCACUUCUGUGUCUCUAGAAGACCUGUGCCAGCCAUCCACGCUCGAUAUCCUCAAACGCGAAACGACCUUGGAUGAAGGUCAAGCUGUGGCAUUCAGAGACAGUCUUAUACGUGAUUUUGCUUGCACGCAGGGUCCGCCGGGUUGUGGGAAAUCCUAUCUGGGUCUGAAAGUGGCGCAGGCAGUCCUUGAGUCCCGAACGGCGCAGAAGCCUGUCUUGCUGGUCUGUCUUACAAACCAUGCUUUAGACAACUUCCUUGCUGACCUCCGAGACGCUGGGGUAUUUGGUCUCCUUCGGGUUGGAUCAGGCAGCAAGGAGGAAUGGACUGACAGCAUAAACAUCCGCGGCCUCAGACGGAAGACUCGAUUCAAGAGAGAGGAAUCCAAUGUGUUGCAUACUCAUGCGCUGCAAAAGAAAGAGUCUCUUGCUGGCUUGGAUGAAUUGUGCAAAGGUACUACAUCUCCUUCCUUAGCCGAACAAACACGACUAACGUCUAUAGCUGUUUCUUGUCAAACUCAUACUGGCGUGACCCCUUGGCAUUAUGUUCGAGACGUACUGUGUAGCGACCACCAGGAUAUUCACGCACAAUUCACAACAACCGCCAAGGUUUCUCUGGCUCAAUCUUUUACGUUCGAAUACUGGUCCGCUGGAGGAGAUCUGGAAACGAUCCGGGAUCUUCACCUUGAGUUGGCAACUAGGCUCGCUCAAGUGUCCGCAAGUCAUGAUAAACGCCCCGAAGAGGACGUCGACAAGCUGCUGUUUGACCUGUCAUGGGAUGCCGAGCUACGGAGCUUUAGUGCUGGUCUCUCUAGCAUUUGGAACAUGCCAUUGGCAGAACGCCAGUCACUGAUUAAGAGCUGGGAGAAGCAAGUUAAUAAAGAGGCUCUCGCGCAGAAGAUGAUGUCGCUCUAUCUCGAGUCUCAACAUCACGAACGGGAAAUCGAGAGGGUUCAAAACGAGCGCGAUGGCCGCAUCAUGGCAGCACACAACAUCAUUGCAAUGACAACGACCGCGUGUGCUGCCCGUUGGGAGGUGCUUCGAUCGCUCGAUCUCCAGAUACUCAUUUGCGAAGAAGCUGCAGAAGUCAUGGAGGCCCACACCUUGUGCUCCCUGUUGCCUUCCCUCGAACACGCAAUCUUCAUUGGCGAUCCACAGCAGCUGCGACCCGAGGCAAACGAGCAAAUGUUAAGCCUGGAGUCUAGGGUCGGGCGACAAUAUCGGCUGGAUGAAUCUUUACUAGAGCGGCUGAUGAUGCCUCAGGAUGUGUGCGCAUACAGUCUACCAGCAAGCCAUUUGAGCGUCCAACGCCGUAUGCACCCUCAGAUCGCCGACAUCACUCGUUUGACGUAUCCUUAUCUGGAAGAUCAUGAAUCCACACACGUGCGGUCUCCAGUCCAAGGUCUAGCACAGCGCAUGUUCUGGUGGGACCACCGGAUUCCUGAGCUCGAGUCGGACGAUCUGAAAUCGCAUGCCAAUCUCCAUGAAGUGGAAAUGGUAGCCUCACUGGUUGAGUAUCUCCUACGGCGUGGUGCUUAUGAGCAAGCUGAAAUCGCUGUCCUCACCCCAUAUGCUGGCCAGCUCCUGAGAUUAUACAAGCGACUGGGAGCAACCUGCGACAUCUGGCUUUCCGAGAAAGAUCGAGCAGCGUUGCUCGAAGAGGAGGUCCUCGCGCUAGGAGAGGAAGGCCGCACCACUAAAGACGAAGUUGUCAUGUCCAACAUGCUCAGAAUUGCCACGGUUGACAAUUUUCAAGGCCAAGAAGCCAAAGUGAUCAUCCUGAGCACCGUCCGCAGUGGAGGCAAGGCAGGAUUCUUGAAGACCCUCAACAGAAUCAAUGUCGCUUGUAGCAGGGCUCGAAACGGUGAGUUCUUCCCCUCCACGCCAGAAUCUUCCACGCUUCACGCAGCGCUAGUGUUGUGGUCUUCAACAUAG